AUGGCGUCCACAACAACCAAAAGUUCACCAUGGUUGAGUCAAGCUAAAGAUGAUAUAGCCCAAACGACGGAGUGGAGUGAACUAGUUUCGGAAUUGUUUGAAGCGGUACAGCAGCAGUUAACGGAGAAUCAUGUCUCUUAUUUCUCAGAUCUCAAGGAACCUGAGAAAAUCUUGUUCUUAGAUCGAGCUGGGAAGCUGGUGAAAUCAAGUUUACGACACAAAAAUCUCGUUGCUACGGUCUCCGAAAAGCUUGAUCAACGUCUUAACGAAAGUAUUAUGGAUGAACUUGUAAAUCCAUCAAAUGAAAAGACAAAGACAGACCUUAUGUUGGAUUCUGCUUGCGAUUCUUGCUCAGCAUUGCUCCACAAAUGGCCUGAUAUGAGGACAAAACUGUUCACGUGCUUCAAUCGACCUUUAACCCCCAAACUAAGAAAGCUAAUUUGGAAAAUGCUUUUAUCAAAUCCAGGAUUACGAGAUAAGUACCUUAAGGAGCAAUGGAAACCAAGCAAGGUGCAAGAAAAUGCUAUUGUUCAAAAGUGUCAUGCAUUUGUAGCAUCUGAGUUGUUGUUUGUGAAUCUUCCAAAACAGCAAGUGGACUUAUUAGUGCAUGUAAUGACCAAAUGCUUAGCUUACAAACAGUUUUAUUCUAAAGAGUCUCUGGAUGACACAGACUAUCUUUUAAUGAUCCCAUUUCUUAAAGUGGUAGUUGAAGAUAGUUUCCAUGGUGAUAGUUGUCAUGGUAAUGUUGAGGAAAUAUCUGCAGAUGUAUUUGAAAUGUUUUACACAUUUUUGGACUACAGACCUGUAUAUAUGAAAGAAGCAGGAUCAAAGGAAUUCAACAUUGCUCUUAAACAUGUAGGUGAAAUCAUGGCAUCCUUAGUUGACUCACAGGAUCAGCAGUUUGCUGAGUUUUUGGAGAAGUUACUUUCAUCUCAUGGAAACCAUUUGGCAACAUUCUCUGUCAGUCUUGUCAAUCUAAUGAGGUCAUAUUUAAGAAGCAUGUUUGUCGGUUACUUGCCAUUAGAUGUUGUCUGUUACAUUUGGGAUCAGCAUAUCCUGAGCUUAAAGUUGCAAAAGCUUAAAUGUAUUCCAACAUUUGCAGUAGUUCUCUUAUUAUUACUGAAUGAUGAAAUAAAAGAUUGUAAAACUACAAAGGACGUGGAAUCUGUGCUUUUUGAAGGCUCCAAGAGUUUGAAGACAAGACAAUUACAGAAUGAGAUUGACCAACGUUUUUUGCCUGAUUGGAGAAACCUUAUCAAUGAAGAAGUGCAAGGGUUUGAGCUUCCUCUUGUAGAUCCUGUUGCAACUCUAGGGAAAACACAGCCUUGGACAUGGUGGUUCCAGGACAGACCUGCGACCAGGCAACGACCAGAAGACAGACGGGCUGCCCGAGAAGCAAGAGAAAUGGAGAGAAAGAAGAUCGAAAAGCAGAGAAGGAAUGAGGAAAUCCAAAGGCAGAGAGAAGAGGAUGCAAGAAGAAGACAUGAACAAGAAGAAAUACAACUUGCGUUCGACCAAGACAAGAGAACUCAAGCAGACAAGAUUGCAUCCUUAGAACGUGAUCUGUUACUUGAGCAACAAAAACGAACUACGAUAGAAAAACAAAUGGGAGACGAAAUAGAAAAACUUCGAUACGAAAUAGCUCGAAUAAAAGGAAACCAGGAUGUACCAGUUAGAAGUCGGUCUACAUUGUCAUCACCAUUACAACCAUCAUUACCAAGUCCUGCUGUUUCGUCAGGUGACAGUGAAGUACAAGAUAUGCUGAGGGACGUCCUACGAAUGGCGUUUGUCGGUGUAAACCAAUUGGCUCAUGGUGUAGACGCUCAAGAACAACACUUACAACAAAUUGCAAAGACAUCUAUGAAUGUCAGCAAGACCGAUUACAAAGAAGCCGAAAUCACGUUAUUCGGACGUGAGCUUACCAAGCAAGACUGGGAUGAUAUGAGUGCGGAGCAGAGACAAAUCAAUCGCGAACUGUUGUUAAAGAAACUACAAGAGUCACACAUGGUAGAGUCAUGAUAUCAAAUGUU